AUGGGAUUCAUGGCUGCUUCACCUUUUCUCGUCAAAGGUGUUUGUUCUCCAUUGUCUGGCUUAGCAGCAGAUGUGCUGAGGAAAAGCACGGUAUCUACAAAGAACGUUAGAAGAGUUUUUUACGCUGCUGGCGCCAUAGCGAGUGGGUUUUUAGUCCUCAUAGCUGGUUACUCUUUAAAUGUCACAGUGGUUGUUAUUUGCAUGAGUCUGGCUGGAUUGACUACCUCACUGGCAUUCCCGGCAUACACUGUAAACAUGCUGGACAUUGCUCCGCGUUACUCGAGUAUCAUCAUGGGCGUUUGUAACACUGCUGGAACUACAGCUGGGUUUGUCAGUCCAACCAUAGUGGGAUUCAUUGCCCAAGAUAAGAAAGUCCAUGACGAAGGUAGAACCGAGCAGUGGUUCCAAGUUUUGGAAUGGUCACUAAAUGCCACCAAAAGGGCAUUGAGAAAGAGUACUUACGAAGAAGAUGAUCCUCGCAAGGAGAAUGAAACUUAUGUUGUUGACUACAAAUCAAACAUUCAUUUUUAUAAGUGUAUCAGAGCUUUGCCAAGUCUGGAAAACUGUUUCCCAAAAAUCCACACCUUUUCACGAUUUCAAGACACGGCGUACUUAGACUAUCUUAUUGAAGGAUAA